GCCCGUCCACCGGAUCGACGGCCGAAGCCCCAAAAUUUGUCGAUCGACGGUGCAGCUAGCUGUUCGCACACAGACGGGGUUUAUCCUUAAACCCUAGAAAGUCCAGCCAUCCCUCCCAAAUUCAAUCCUUCAUCUUCCAUCGCCAGACGUGGCCACUCAGAUGCUUCUCCAUCGCUCCGCCUCAAUCCUCCAUUUCCACAAGCUCUCGCCGCCACACCGGCUUCUCGCUCAAUUCAACCUCUCUCGUUCCUCUCUCUUCCGUCCGCUUUCUUCGUCCUCUUCUCGCCCAUCGCUGUCGCUUUGGCUGAUCGGGCCUCGCCACAGUCGAGCCAGGAGCUCCGCGAGUUUUGCUGCUGCGGCCGUAGCCACCAGGAAUGGCGGAGAGACGUUUUACGCCGAAGAAGGUGUCUCGUGGAAGUCCCUCGGCGUGUCCGACAAGCUCUCACGGGCUCUCUCGGACGCCGGCAUCGAGAGGCCAUCUCUUGUUCAGGCCUCAAGCGUACCGCCCAUACUUUCAGGGAAGGACGUGAUAAUUGCUGCAGAAACUGGUAGCGGUAAAACGCAUAGCUAUCUAGUCCCUUUGAUAGAUAGACUGUGCAAUGCACAUGAUGGUGGUGCGGGCGAGGAGACGAUUUUACAUUCUAAAAUUCUUCUCGUCCUUUGCCCAAAUGUGAUGCUAUGUGAACAAGUGGUACGUAUGGCUAGUGAUCUUUGCGGGGAAAAUGGUGAACCACUUCUCAGGGUUGCUGCUGUAUGUGGGCGAAGUGGAUGGCCAGUUAAUAGGCAAGAUAUUAUUGUGUCAACCCCGGCUGCUCUGUUGAACAAUAUUGACCACAAAGCCCGUUGUCCAGAUUUUUUGCGAGGAGUCAAGUAUGUGGUGUGUGAUGAAGCUGACAUGCUUCUCUGUGGAAGUUUCCAGAACCAAGUCAUUCGUCUCAUUAAUAUGCUGCGGUUUGAUGAGAAAUUACUGUCUCGGAAUCAAAAUUCUGUCCUUCAUCAACCCAUGGCAACAAGUCCUGAUUCUGCACUUGCCUCUGUUUUGGAAGACGAUGAAGAAAUGCAAUCAGAUGCUCACAUCAGUUCAGAUGAAGAGGAAAAUCCUGAGGAUGUUGAUCCUGCAGAAAUAGGAGAUGAAAAUAAAGAGGGACAUCUUAAGAAAAAAGACUGGAGGAGAGUGAGGAAAAUCUAUGAAAGGAGUAAGCAGUACAUCUUUGUUGCAGCAACACUUCCGGCAAAUGGCAAGAAAACUGCAGGAGCAGUGUUGAAGAAGAUGUUUCCAGAUGCUAGUUGGGUUAGUGGAAACUACCUUCACUAUCACAACCCCAGAUUGGACCACCGGCGGAUCGAGGUUGAUGUUGAUACACAGGUUGAUGCACUAAUAGAAGCUGUAAAGAAAGGUUCGAAAACUUCAACUGAUUGCUGUGUAAGCCGCACCAUGGUAUUUGCGAACACUGUCAAGUCUGUUGAAGCAGUGGCAAAUAUACUGGAAAGAGCUGGGAUAGAUUGUUAUCGGUACCACAAGGAUAGUUCUCUCGAGCAGCGUGCAGAGACCAUAGUUUAUUUCCGGGAGAGAGGUGGAAUUCUUGUGUGCACCGAUGCUGCAGCACGAGGCCUUGAUGUUCCAAAUGUAUCACACGUUAUUCAGGCAGAUUUUGCUACUUCUGCGGUGGACUUUUUGCAUAGGGUUGGCCGUACUGCUCGAGCUGGUCAUUUUGGAGUGAUCACAAGUCUCUAUACUCGAUCAAAUCGGGAUCUUGUUGAUGCAGUUCGUCAAGCUGGGAAGCUGGGUCAGCCACUGGAAAUGGCUUUCAGCAGGAAAAGAAGCUUUAGAAAUAAGAUCAAGAAGCGAGGUCUAUCAAAGUCAGGAGCAUCUGGGGUUGAAACGUUACAUGUGUAAGAAAUUCGGAUAGAAAAGAUCCAUGGAGGCAAACAGUCAAGGGCACUUGGUCCGAUUGCCGUGAGUGGUCAUAUCGGUGUAGCAUGUGCCGCACAGCUCCCUGUUUCCUGAAGUCCCGGGAGGAACGCAUUUGCACCUUAAGCAGCAAGUUCCACAGGCUCUCGUGCACACGUUGGGCCUCGAGUGCAAGCUACACCUCUCCUUGCACAACCCUCCACAGUCUGCACAUUGGAGUGGUGGAAGCUUAUCAGUUAGAAAGCCGCGCAUGUCGUUGCCUGAAAUUGGGUUAUCGAGGAUCCCGUUUUCUGUUUUUUCCCUAUGAUCCCGGUUUUUCGCAUGUGCGGAUGCUGUGAUGUUGUGUAGGCGCGGUGCAUGUUCAUGCUUUAUAUUAGCGGGAUUCAAGUCGCAAAGGAAGCGACUAGGUAACUGCAGCAGUCUAGAUUAAUUUAGCAGAUCAAGACAACCCCAUAUCAAGAAAUAAUCGUAUUCAUGCCGGAUUCCAUUUAGAGUAAAUGUCGCAUGUUUUAACAAGAUAAUUGACUUUGUUUAUCAACCCAGGAGCAAAAUAAGAUAAUUAUUUUGGACCGAAAGAUUUGAUUUUCCUUUUUGGGACAAGACGGCGUUCAUGAGGUGCUGACUUCUCAUGCUAUGUUAGCAUCUGAGAGCCCAAAAACAAAAACAAAAAAAAAAAAAAAAUUGCUUGCAUGAGUGUAGAUGCUUAUUCAUGCUAACGGGGGAAAAACAAAACAUCAAACGUGGAAUGAAAAGUGAAUUGAGUGCUCCAGAUUACAAACGAGUGAAGAUGAGUACAUACCCAAGGUCUGCAAAAGCCUCCUGUUAGCUCCCUUCGCAACCUGAAAAAGAAAAAGAA